CUAAUUUUAGAAAUUUCGAUUUGGUGCGUUGCAGAGAAAACAUGUCGCUCGUCUGGGUUUUGGGUUUGCUCCUCUUUUCGUCCGCAGCGGCCGCGGAAAACUCGUGCGCCGAGGUUUUGGCCGAAGUUCGGAGUCUCAAAAGCUCUCUUAAAGAGCUCCUGUGCAAUCCAAAUGAUUUACCCAUGCACACUUUGGAGAAUGGCGAAACGUACUUCUUCUCCACUACUCAUAUUGGCUCGGUCUUGAACUGGUACAAAGCCAUGCAGUUCUGCAAAUCGAACAAAAUGGAUCUGGCGUCGCCAAAGACGCAGGAAGAAUUAACCCUGUUGGUUCGCAAGAGCAAAGAAAUCGAUGCUGAGGCAACUUGGCACCUGUCUGCGACGGACGCCGGCCGCGAGCGGGGCGACUUCCGGUGGGCCGACGGAGAACUUCUGCCUUUGAACAGUUCGUUGUGGCUCGCUCCGCACGGCAUUUUUCGCAAUUUUUCGUGGGAAGAGAAACUGUGCGUCUACAUUUACCCUGAGCAGGCCGAAAAGUUGAAAGUCCAAAGUUGCAUCGUCAAGGGUCACAUCAUCUGCCAACUCCCUGCUAAAUGCAAAUGAAUACUGUAUAUAAUAACUGAAUAAACAACUUUUUUGGUAAUA